AUGCGAGAGGUCAAGCGAUUAAAAUUGUGCCUCAAUUGUCUAAAAACCAAUCAUUUUGCUGGCGAAUAUAGAUCGAGCGGAUGUCGGCGGUGCGGAGAGAGGCAUAAUACACUCUGUCACUCUGCGGCAGAAGCAGGAGGCUUUUCGGCUGAGGCGAGAGGAGGAUCGGCCGCGGCGGAGGAGAAGUCAUCAGGGACCGAGGCGUCAGGAGCGGCGAGCGGCGGUUCGGUGUAUCACGUGGCAGGUGAACUCAAGCGUGGGCAGGUCUUAAUGUCCACGGCAAUUGUAAAUGUAAAAGGGGCGGACGGUGGCAACUAUCAAUUAAGAGUGCUGUUAGAUAGCGCGAGUGAAAUAAAUUUUGUAACUUUGACAGCAUGUAAGAAAUUGGGAGUCAAACUAGACGACGUUCAUCAAAAUAUAAAUGGUUUGAAUAAUAUGAACUGCAUCAUAAGACAUAGCUGUCAAUUGCAAGUAAAGUCACGCGUAUCGGAAUUCGAAUUAAAUUUGCAAUGUUUGGUAGUUCCGAGAAUAGCAGGGGAAUUACCGCCCUUUACCAUUGAGAUCUCAAAAUUGGCAAUUCCGGGGAAUUUGAAAUUGGCAGACCCAAUUUUUUACAAUCCUGGUAGAAUCGAUGCGCUAAUCGGCAGUGAGUUCUUUCUGCAAUUAUUGCAGGCCGGGAGGAUCGAGCUCGGCGAAGGUUUGCCGACGCUGCAAAAUAGUAAGCUCGGCUGGGUGAUAGCGGGUUCGAUUCCGAGUCAUUUAAUCGCGAGUCGAUCGACCAACCGUCCAUUCGAAUGCUCAUACAUGUUUAUUUGUAAGACAAGAUUCUAUUUACAACGAAUUAGCAAGGUUUUGGGAAUUGGAGGAAUACGAAAUGAAGGACAAUACAAGGAGUCAACAGAGGAUCAGGCAUGCGAAGACUACUUUGUAAAUACGAUAACGCGAAACAUUUCGGGACGGUUUGUCGUUCGACUGCCUUUCCGAGGAAACAAGGCACAGUUGGGCGAAUCUCGACAAAUAGCAGAAAAACGGCUAAACUAUUUAGAACGGAAAUUUCAGCGCGACCCUGAAUUUCACGCGCGGUAUUCGGAAUUUAUGCGGGAAUACAUUCGUCUAAACCACAUGUCGCAAGUCGACAAAGAUGACGAUACGAAAUUUGCGGUGUAUUUACCUCAUCAUGGUGUCAUUCGGGAGUCAAGCACCACCACCAAAUUACGCGUGGUAUUCGACGGGUCCGCGAAAACUGCAUCGGGAGUUAGUUUAAAUGAUACAUUGAUGGUGGGAGCAGGUUUGCAGGAUAAUAUUAUCGACUUGCUUUUGCGAUUUAGAUUGCAUGCCAUAGCGAUUACAGCGGAUCUCCAAAAAAUGUACAGGCAGGUUAUAGUACACGAACAGGAUCGGAAUUAUCAGCGGAUCCUCUGGCGAUUCUCUUCGGGCGAUUCGAUACAGGAGUAUAAUUUAAACACCGUAACAUACGGAUUAGCGUGCGCACCAUUUUUAGCUAUACGCUGCGUCAGACAAUUGGCAAUCGAUUCGAGCAGUCAAUUCGGCGAGGCAUCAAGAGUCUUGCUGAAUGAUUUGUAUGUCGAUGAUAUCUUGACUGGUGUCAGUUGUGAAUUUGAAGCAACCAAGUUGAUUUCGCAGUUAAAGACACUGUUGAACGACAGCGGCUUCGAACUUCACAAGUGGUAUUCGAAUUGUGAUGAAGUCAUGAAUGAAUUGAGGCCGACCGACCGGGUUCGGGAAUCGUCAUCAAUCGCGAUCAACAUAGACGCAGUAAAAACCUUAGGAUUAAAUUGGCACUACAGGCGGGAUAUCUUCCAGUUCACUAUUCAACCAAUUAGCGAUUCCAUUAAAACGAAACGUCAAGUAUUGUCAACUAUUUCACAAUUGUUCGAUCCUUUAGGAUUAAUAAGCCCUAUAUUAAUUCGCGCAAAACUGAUUAUGCAGGGAACGUGGUCCGCGAAUUUGAAGUGGGAUGAUCCACUGACCGGCGAACUUCAGAGGGCGUGGAGGGAGUACGUGAAUGAUUAG